AUGGCAGGUGAAUUUGAAAUCAAGGAUCUUGGUAGUUUAAGGUAUUUUCUCGGGAUGGAAGUGGCAAGAUCAAAAGCAGGAAUAUCUGUAUCUCAGCGGAAGUACACUCUGGACUUGUUAAAGGAAACAGGAAUGACUGGAUGCAAACCUAUUGACACUCCUAUUGAGGUCAAUAGCAAACUGAAAAGUAUUUCGGAAGGAGUUCCUGUGAAUAAGGAGGGGUAUCAACGCUUAGUAGGAAAACUGAUUUACUUGUCUCAUACUAGGCCCGACAUCUCCUAUGCUGUGAGUGUAGUAAGUCAGUUCAUGCAGAGUCCAUAUGAGGAGCACAUGAAAGCUGUGACUCGAAUUUUGAGAUACCUGAAGUCCACCCCUGGGAAGCGCUUGGUGUUCAGGAAACAUGACACAUGGAGCAUCGAGGCAUAUACUGACUCAGAUUGGGCCGGAUCUGUGAAUGAUAGAAGGUCAACCUCAGGGUACUGUACCUUUGUAUGGAGAAAUUUGGUAACUUGGCAGAGUAAAAAACAGGGUGUAGUGGCCAGAAGUAUGUUGAGACAGAGUAUAGAGCUAUGA